CACGGACACAUUUUUAUCAACGAUCGUCAUGCGCCUUCCCAAAGUCUACCACCGUUUUUCUCUCCUCUCUCUCUAUCCUCCCUCUUCCCCUCUAAUAUUUUAUCACUUCCCCAAUCCUGUCUCUUCUACUUCUACUUCUACUUCAACCGCAACUGCCUCCUUUCUCUCUGUAAAAUCUACUCCAUCAAGUUCUCUACCGAUCCACAAGCACUCCAGAAACAAGUUUUUCAAGCCUACCAAAACCAUGACCUCUUCAAGAUUUCACAAUCUAGUGCCUAUCAGUGCUGUUGUCGCUGAAGACGGUGGCGGUGGCUCCAACGGUGCGGUUUCUACUACCGCUACUUCUUCAGCUGAAGAUGACGAAUCAGCAUUUGGCGACGGAUAUCGUCUUCCUCCACCAGAGAUCAGAGAUAUUGUUGAUGCUCCACCCCUUCCGGCAAUAUCAUUCUCUCCACGGAGGGAUAAAAUUCUGUUUCUUAAGCGGAGAUCCUUACCUCCUUUGUCAGAAUUAGCUAGACCAGAGGAAAAGCUUGCUGGUAUUCGGAUUGAUGGAAAAUGUAAUACCCGGAGUCGGAUGUCGUUCUACACUGGGAUUGGGAUCCACCAGUUAAUGCAUGAUGGUACACUAGGCCCAGAGAUAGAAAUAUAUGGCCUGCCAGAUGGUGCUAAAAUCAAUUUUGUUACCUGGUCAAAUGAUGGGCGACAUUUGUCCUUCAGCAUUCGAGUUGAUGAGGAGGAUGACAGUGGCAAUAAGCUUCGAGUAUGGGUUGCUGAUGUGGAAACAGGAAAAGCUAGACCUUUAUUUCACUCACCUGAUAUUUAUUUGAAUGGAGUUUUUGACAAUUUUGUUUGGGUUGACAACUCAACUUUAUUAGUUUGCACCAUCCCUGUAUCACGUGGGGACCUACCAAAGAAACCUUUGGUUCCUUCUAGUCCUAAGAUCCAAUCUAACGAGCAGAAGAAUAUCAUUCAAGCUAGAACCUAUCAGGAUCUGCUCAAAGAUGAGCAUGAUGAAGAUUUAUUCGAGUACUAUGCCACGAGCCAACUUGUUUUGGCAUCUCUGGAUGGCAUGAUGAAGGCAAUUGGACCACCAGCUAUAUAUACAUCAAUGGAACCCUCUCCAGAUCAAAAAUUCCUUUUGAUUACAUCAAUUCACAGGCCAUACUCUUUUAUUGUACCCUGUGGAAGAUUUCCCAAGAAGGUUGAUGUGUGGACAGCCGAUGGGAAGUUGGUGAGAGAACUUUGUGAUUUGCCCCUUGCUGAAGACAUUCCCAUUACAUUCAAUAGUGUGCGAAAAGGAAUGCGCUCAAUCAAUUGGAGGGCAGAUAAGCCUUCAAUGCUUUACUGGGUGGAGACACAAGAUGGUGGUGAUGCAAAAGUUGAAGUCUCUCCACGUGAUAUAAUUUAUACACAACCAGCUGAGCUGAUUGAAGGCGAACAGCCAACAAUCCUACACAAACUUGAUCUUCGCUAUGGAGGGAUAUCAUGGUGUGAUGAUUCACUUGCUCUAGUUUAUGAAUCUUGGUACAAAACACGACGAGUAAGAACCUGGGUCUUCUCUCCAGGAUCUGAAGAUGUGAGUCCACGCAUACUAUUUGAUAGGUCAUCAGAAGAUGUGUACUCUGAUCCCGGCUCGCCAAUGUUGCGAAGAACUCCUGCUGGGACUUAUGUGAUCGCAACGGUAAAGAAAGAAAAUGAUGAAGGCAAGUAUAUUUUACUUAAUGGAAGUGGUGCUACACCAGAAGGGAACAUCCCGUUUCUGGAUUUGUUUGACAUAAACACAGGCAGCAAAGAGCGAAUAUGGGAGAGCAACAAGGAGAAGUAUUAUGAGACUGUUGUUGCUUUAAUGUCUGAUCAGAAUGAUGGGGCGUUAGAUAUUAAUCAGUUAAACAUACUGACUUCCAAAGAAUCUAAAACUGAAAACACCCAAUAUUUCAUACAAAAGUGGCCAGAUAAGAAAGCAUAUCAAAUUACCAAUUUUCCUCAUCCAUAUCCUCAGCUGGCAUCAUUGCAGAAGGAGAUGAUUAGAUACCAGCGAAAGGAUGGAGUUCAACUUACUGCCACCCUGUACCUUCCUCCAGGCUAUGAACCGUCGAGGGAUGGCCCUCUCCCUUGUCUUGUAUGGUCGUACCCUGGAGAAUUUAAGAGCAAAGAUGCUGCUGGACAAGUUCGUGGUUCUCCUAAUGAGUUUGCAGGCAUAGGUUCGACAUCGGCCUUGCUUUGGCUGGCUAGGAGGUUUGCUAUUUUAUCCGGACCAACAAUUCCCAUCAUUGGUGAGGGUGAUGAAGAGGCAAAUGACAGGUAUGUGGAGCAACUUGUUGCAAGUGCAGAGGCUGCUGUGGAGGAAGUUAUCCGCCGUGGGGUGGCUCAUCCAAGCAAAAUUGCUGUUGGCGGUCAUUCAUAUGGGGCAUUCAUGACUGCAAACCUCCUGGCUCAUGCUCCACAUCUUUUCUGUUGUGGAGUUGCUCGUUCUGGAGCUUACAAUAGAACACUCACACCUUUUGGCUUUCAGAACGAGGACAGAACGCUUUGGGAGGCCACUUCUAUCUACGUUGAGAUGAGUCCUUUCAUGUCAGCUAAUAAAAUUAAGAAGCCCAUCUUGAUUAUCCACGGGGAAGAAGACAAUAAUCCAGGAACUUUGACAAUGCAGUCGGAUCGUUUCUUUAAUGCGCUGAAAGGUCAUGGUGCACUAUGUCGCCUAGUAAUCCUUCCCUUUGAGAGCCAUGGUUAUGCAGCACGAGAGAGUAUAAUGCAUGUCCUGUGGGAGACAGACAGGUGGCUGCAGAAAUAUUGUGCCUCAAAUACUUCUGAGGUAAAGACAGAUCUUGAUUCAUCUGAAGACAACGAAAGCAAAGGAACAACAAAUGAAGAGAGCAAAGCUGUUGGUGCUGCUGGAGGAGGUGUCUCAGAGCUGGCAGAUCUCGAGUUUGACAGAGUUUACCCAAACCAAAGGUCACUGUUAUGAUUGAGUCACGGACAACGAACCACCAAGAAGCUGGAGCUUGGGAAUAGAAGAACAUACAUGGUUGCCUUGUGAAGAAAGCUCGCUGCAUUAAUCAAGCAAUGUUGAUGAUUGUCGAGGUGGUGUAUAAUUCAUGCAAUUAGGUGUUUGUAACGGUUGUGUGCUAAAAGACUACCACAUGGUCAGUCUGCGGCCAAGGGCAAGUAGCAUUUGUCUGCCGAGGAUUCGGUACACGGAUCAUUCAUCAGCAAAUAAUGCAAUGCUUUCGUCUAUGGGACAAGGAGCCUAGGAUAGGAUUUCAAAACCCUAAAUUUGGCCUCUCUAGGUGCGAACUAAGAAUAAUUUAUAUAUUCUGAACACUACCAUUUCGUCUUCUUAUUUGGGUGCAGGCGAAGAAUAAUUUAUACCUUCUGAACACUCCUAUUUCAUCUUUCAAGUACAAAAAUGACAUUGUACUGUCUUGCAAAUUAUUUAUGAUCUUUUAA